UUGAGCCGCUGGAGAAGCAGCGGAGGGGUCGCGUUCUUCUCCUUCUCCUCCUCCUCUUCCUCCUCCACUAUGGAGGCGAGUUCCACUCUUCCACACGCAUGGGACUAACCAGCGGGACUUUACCGGUUGAAGUUACCUGUUCCGAUGUUCCCCGCAGCCCGGCCAGCGCUCCCACAGCCCUCCUAAGGAGGAAUGCCAGCUCCUGAGCAGAGCCCAGUGACGGAGGAGGGGCUUCUGCUGACCAUCCGCGACAGUUCAACUGGCCGCAACAUGGAGGCUGACAACACAGCCAACAACAUACUGGCCUCUGUCAAGGAGCAGGAGCUCCAGUUUGAGCGGCUAACCAGGGAGCUGGAAGUGGAGAGGCAGAUUGUGGCCAAUCAGCUGGAAAGAUGCAGACUUGGGGCCGAGUCGCCAGGUGAUGGUAGCAGCAGCUCCUCUGAGAAGUCCCUGCCCUGGAGAAAUGCAGAUGCCUCCGCCUCCGGGGACACAAAGUCUCGGGUGACUGACAGUUCCCAGUCGCCCAGCUACCGCAUCAGGACUGAGUCAGAGCAGGUGUCUCUGUAUUCCCCGGAGCAGUCCUCCCCCCAUGAAAGUGAGGGGUCCGCAGUGAAUUCACGCAGCUCCACUCAGAUUAACUCGUACUCGGACAGUGGCUACCAGGAUGCCAGCAGUGGCUAUUUCAGUGGCCAGAACCCAGGCAAGGCUGAGCUGAGGAUGCAGCACUCCUUCCCUGGCGCUGGCACCCUGAUGAGGAACGCCAGGGCUGAAGGCCAGGCUUCCACCCAGGUUCCAGCAGUCCAAACAGUAGUGCCUGGCCGUGCGAUGCGGAGGGUGAGCUCGGUGCCUUCUCGCUCUCACUCGCCAGCCUACGCCAGCAGUAUCUCCCCCUCCCGCGGCUCCCUGCGCACCUCACCCGGCAGUGCCUAUGGCUCACCCAUUGUAACUGAACCCAAACCCCUCUCCAGCAUCUUCUCCACAACCUUGCCCUCUGCCCAGCGCAUCAAUGCCACUACAGCCUGCGGUGGAAGCAGCUCACCCUACUCGACCCAGAAAAACUCCCCUGCUGCACUGCGACGCGUGGGCUCCACAAACUCGCGGUCGGGCAGCGCUAGCCACAACACCUCGCCCUAUCAGGCGUCCGCAGGGUCCUCGUCAGGCCGCAUGGGCUCGCCUCUCACGAUGAUGGACAACAUUAACCCUCCGCUAAACAAGCAGCCCACCCACUCGUCGUCUCCAGUCAGGGCUACUAUGACCGCUGUGCCCCAGCACUACAGCUCCACCCUUCCCCGCUCCAUGCUCCACAGCACUGACCCCUAUGGACCCCAGAGUUACGACAUUUACGAGAGGAUGACGCGACCUGACAGCCUCACAGAUGCCCUCGUUGAUGACCCCAUCCAAGGAAUACGGAGCUCCUACGCCAGUCAACACAGCCAGCUGGGUCAGGACUUAAGGUCCGCCAUGUCCCCAGAACGCCACAUUGCGCCCAUCUACGAGGAUCGGACUUUUCAGGGCCCGUUGUACCGUAGCCCCAGCCACACCCAGCAGGGCACCCUCUACAGGAGCACAUCAGGGGUGGGGAGUCUCCAGCGGACGUCGAGCCAGCGCAGUGCCAUGACCUACCAAAGAAACAACUAUGCUCUUAACACAACGGCCACCUACUCUGAUCCGUAUCGCUCGGCUCAGUACCGGCCCUCCGAUCCAAACUACGCUCGCCAGGCUGUUGUUAUGGACGAUGGUGCCACUCGCUCACCCUCCAUAGACAGCAUCCAGAAGGACCCCAGGGAGUUUGCUUGGCGCGACCCAGAGCUGACGGAGGUGAUUCACAUGCUACAGCAUCACUUUGCCUCGGUGCAGGCCAACGCAGCCGCCUAUUUGCAGCACCUGUGCUUUGGUGAUAAUCGAAUCAAGAUUGAGGUAUGUCGGAUGGGAGGAAUCAAACACCUGGUGGACCUGCUAGACCACAAAGUCCUUGAGGUUCAGAAAAACUCGUGUGGAGCCCUGAGGAACCUCGUCUAUGGCAAAGCCAUGGACGACAAUAAGAUCGCUGUGAGGAACGCUGGAGGCGUCCCAGCUCUGCUCCGCCUGCUCAGAAAGACCGUAGAUGCAGAAGUGCGGGAGCUUGUCACAGGGGUUCUGUGGAACCUGUCGUCGUGUGACGAGGUGAAGAUGACAAUCAUCCGAGACGCCUUAACCACCCUGACCAACACUGUGAUCAUCCCUCACUCCGGGUGGAGCAGCUCCACCUUCGACGACGACCACAAGCUGAAAUUCCACUCCUCACUGGUGCUGAGGAACACCACAGGCUGUCUUAGGAACCUGAGUUCAGCCGGCGAGGAGGCCAGAAAACAGAUGCGCGUUUGCGAGGGCCUGGUGGACUCACUGCUCUACGUCAUCAAAGCCUGUGUAAACACCUCUGACUUCGACAGCAAGAUUGUGGAGAACUGUAUUUGCACUCUAAGGAACUUGUCGUAUCGUCUGGAGCUGGAGAUGCCGCCAUCCCGGCUGAUCGGGGGGGAAGAGCUGGAUGGCUUACUGGGCAACGAGUCGCCCUGUAAAGAGCUGGACUCCGGCUGCUGGGGCAGGAAGAAGAAGAAGAAAAAAAAGAGCUUGCAGGAAGACUCUUGGGACGGUGUGGGACCCAUCCCUGGCUUCUCCAAGUCUCCCAAGGGAGCAGAGAUGUUGUGGCACCCUGCGGUGGUUAAACCAUACUUAACACUAUUGGCUGAAAGCUCAAAUCCUGCCACUCUGGAGGGGGCUGCUGGGUCUCUUCAGAACUUGUCAGCCGGCAACUGGAAGUUUGCAGCAUACAUCCGUGCAGCGGUGCGUAAGGAGAAGGGUCUGCCCAUCCUAGUGGAACUGCUGCGAAUGGACAACGACAGGGUGGUGUGUUCGGUUGCCACCGCGCUGAGAAACAUGGCACUGGAUGUCAGGAACAAGGAACUCAUAGGGAAGUAUGCGAUGAGGGACCUGGUCAACCGUCUCCCCGGGGGAAACACCACCCUGCUGUCAGAUGAGACCGUGGCGGCCAUCUGUUGCACCCUGAACGAGGUGACCAGCAAAAACAUGGAGAACGCCAAGGCCCUGGCCGACACGGGCGGCAUCGAGAAGCUGGUCAACAUCACCAAGGGCAGAGGAGACAGGUACUCUAUGAAGGUGGUGAAGGCAGCUGCUCAGGUGCUGAACACACUCUGGCUGUACCGGGAUCUGCGUAUCAUCUAUAAAAAAGACGGAUGGAACCAAAACCAUUUCCUCACUCCUGUGUCAACACUUGAAAGGGACAGGUUCAAGUCCCAGCCCAGCCUCCCCACCAGUGGCGUUCAGAUGUCCCCAGUCAACCACCCUGCUGCCACUGCCACGUCGUCUCCUGCAGCGCUGGGAAUCAAAGAGCAUAGAGACACCAUCAAAGAUUACCAGAGAGCACAGUCAACUAUGCAAUUUUAUAAUUUCCAAGGGGACAACAGUAUUCAUAAAAAUCAGUAUACAGGGUCUGUAAAGCCUUCUUCAUAUUACUACCCAUCGCCCACGAGAGAGGAGCCCAGGAGAACACAGCCUGUGUAUUACACAGAGGAGCCGGGCAGGAGGAAUUACGACCCGUACAGAAUGUACCUGCAGCAUCAACACGGCUACGACGACCCGUACCUGGAGGAGGUCAUCACCUACCCCCCCGCGGUGGAGUACAGCACGCAGCCUCACGGACUGAAAUCCACCACCAACUACGUGGACUUUUACGCUAGCACGCGGAGGCCUUCGUACCGGGCGGAGCAGUACCCCGGCUCGCCCGACUCCUGGGUGUAGGCCCUGCGGACGCUCCUGUGGUUACGAUCCAGCACCUCGUCUAUGACUGAAGUUUUCGGGGGGGGGAGCAGGGGGGAGGAGGGGGCGUGUCUCCACCCUGCAGCAAAGGCAAAGAUCCAGUCGUGACACAAAAAAACAACCCGAUGAACUAUUUUUCAUGAACUUGGCUUUAUAAGUGUGUUUGUUUUCAAGUGGAUGUGCGUGUGUUGGAUGAGGGAGUUCAACCGAGCGAUGGCAGAUGAAAUGAUGGAAUGAUGGAACGUGUGCCAAAGAAGGAAAUCAAGGAAUGUUUUAGUUUUUUUUUUUAUUAUAUUUUUUUAUUUGGGAGAGGAAGAUGGAAUCAUGCUGGGGCUCUGUUGAGGGACGGGCCUGGACACUACCGUGACGAGUCGUGCGUCCUGCUCUGUCUAGAUGUUAGUUUUAUUUCCUUUAUGAAACUCUUAGCGAGUGAUAGCAUGGUGAAAGGUGUGAGUCGUGUGAGCAAGGGUCUGCGGAAAGGGUCAAGAGGGGGAACAUGUAUGUGCUGAAGCCAAAAUGGAUCAUGAACUCAUAUCUGUAAAAAAAACAAAACAAAAGAUGAACUUUAAGAAAACAUUGUAACCUAAUGAUGUUAGAUUGUACAGAGGGAUCAAGUUGUGUCUGUACCUAAUGUUGAAGUCGUGUAAUGCCAUGGAGUCUUGUACAUUUCUUUCAUUGUAUUGUAAAUACAGAAAAAAAAACACACACACACAAAACACAUCACCUGUUCUAAACCCAUCAGCACUGGCUAAAAAGGACAAAACUUGUGCCAUGUUAAAACUAUAGAGAAAUAAAUAUAUGAAGAAGUAUGUGGACAAAGAUGGCAUCAUAGCACAAACGUGUUAAAAAAUAAUAAAAGGUCAGUUUUGUUUUUUAA